GUUUAAAGCCAGCGGAUGGGAGGCUAAUUAAAGUACACAUUGAAAUGAAACUGAUGUGAGAUUAUUAAUGUUUCUUUUUCAUUACGUUUUUCGAUUAAAAGAAUGUUUUUAUUAUGAUAUAAGACCUUGAUUACUUUGCUUCUAUAUUCAAGACCAAGCCUGAAGGAAACGUCAUCACUAGGCGAGCCAUCAUAUCAUGACUUCCUUCUUGCCGUUUUUGAAGCGUCAUACCGUUGUUGUGAGCCUUCUCAGUUUGGCACUAUUACCAAGUAUGUACUUCUUGUACCUAUAUCUUCGGAAAACCCAUCAUCCAAGAGAACCUGAGGACCAGCAAGACCUCAGAGAAAGAAGAAGGCAGAAAGUAACAGAGCUCCGGUCAAAACUUGACAGGCUUUUAGUUUCUCUUGAUCAAAUAGUCCCUGAGACUGCAGACAAUGAAGAUGAUGAGUGUAUUGUUUGCAACAGUGCCAAAGCUGUUAUUCAGACCUUCCCCUGCAAGCAUAAAGUACUGUGUAGAGGAUGCUUUGUGAGGACUUUACAAGUGGCUGUCAAUGAUUUUAACCUUCCUCUUAAGUGUGUGCUAUGCAGAACAAGGAUAACUACACUGGAUAGAGAAAGAUUUGAAGAACUCACAUUACAAGAGUCAAGUACUGCUGUUUAAUAGCAACAGGUGCAGAUCCAGGGGGUGGAUUAGGUGUCUAGUCACCCCCUUUGGAGAUUAAUCAUAAGAAUAGAGGAUAAGGCAGCAGCCAUCCAACUUAAGAUCAUUCUGGAUCUGCCAAUGAGCUACUUUUUCAUUUUUAUCAAAUACAUAAUAAGCUGUAUUUAGGAAAUAAUGCCCAAACUUUUCAUGAAAUGCUUUAUGUAAUCAUCAUAUCCAUGGCCAUUGAAAAUGCAAUGGCAGCAAAAUCAUAAAAGAUAACCAAAGCUUAUAUAUAUAUACAUAUAUACACCUUUCUCAUAAUGACUGACAAGCGUACAAAAACGAGAAAUGAGAUCACCCCGUGAUCUUGCAAGGGAGAGCCUGUACGUAGCAAGCAGUUGUUGUAAUGUGUUCAUAAAAAAUAUAAUGAAUCACACCUAAUAYAAUAGAUAGAACGACAAUACAAUACAAUAGAUUUUCUGAAUAUAUUACACCAACUGAGUGCUAUGUAGGUUCUUUCAAUCUUGCAAGGCUGCUAAAUCAAGAUGAAGGUGGAUAGCGCCAAUUUAAAUACUUUUCUUCCAUUAAUGCAUUUCAUGUGCUUUUAUAUCUUUUAUCGUAAACUAAUGACUGGGUGACCUCGUUUUUGAACACUUGUCCUGAAUCCAGGACUGAAAUUCUUUUGAUUGUUUCUUGAGCCCUUGGUUCCAAAGAUGAUAUAGAUAAAAGUUGGUCAAGAUUUUUUGGGAAUUUUCAUUGACUGAGCCAAAGGCAAAGGUGAUGUCUACCUAAAGGGACAGAACAAUUUCAACUCCUCUGUUUUGUGAUUGGUUAACUUGUUCAGUGGUCUCGGUUGGUGCUUCCGGAUAGUAGAUCUUAUUUUUUAUGAAUUUUUUCUUGUGCAGCUGAUUGUAAGUAUUUAGACAAGAAAGAGAAGAGAAGGGAAUUGUGAAAGCACUCUUGCUCAGAAUAGUGCAAAAUAUUAGAUAACAAAAUUAAAUCCCAAAUCAGCAUU